CCCCAGGUCCAGCUGUCCUUCGGGGUCUGGCUUGGGCCCGGGGGUCCGGAGGAGCCCCUCCCCCCCCCCGCCUCUCCCCCGAUUUGUGGGAGGAAAUUGGGGGGUUAAAAUGUAGGCGGGGGGUGCGGCUUCCUGGGCGGCCCCGGGCGGGACGGGCCGGUGACCGGUGUCCGGAGAGGGAUGGAGGGUCCCGAGAGGCCGGUGGCGCGGUUGGCAGAUAACAUACUGCAGGAACUUCAAGACAAUUUUCAAGCUCUGACGGAAACAUUAACUGAGAGAAUGGAAGAAAUGGGUGGUCGAAUCACUGACUUACAGAAGAAUGUGUCCGUCCUGAUGAUACAGGCUGGAAUCGACCCCAGCGGUGAAGAAGCCAGUGUGACUCCUUGCCCCGGCAGCCGGCAAGGUCGGUGGCAGUCCGGUGGCUUUUACGGCCCCUAAUGGGAAGAUAGGAUCCGCUCAUCUGUGGUCUGCAAGAAACGUCUCCCUUGGAUGACCAACCCUGUGCUUGGCGACUCCCGGUGCCCGCUGAUUUAUCUCCUCGCGGAGUCCGGUGGUGUCUCUUCACUUGGGAAGCCGUUGAAAUCGCCCGGGCCACGGAGUUUGGUCAACAAGCUGGUUUUAAAAUAGCGCGUAAGGUGGAAAUUAAAUUUCAGAACCAUUUC